AUGAAUAUCAAUUGCAGGAGUAUCAGAGGUGGGAAAAGCUCCGAGUUCCAAGCAGCGCUGAACUACAUACGCCCAGAUAUCGUUUGUGGCACGGAAUCAUGGUUAAAGGGAGUACAGCCUGGAAAAGCGGAGACUGCUGAUUCCAUAAAGUCCAGUGAAGUAUUUCCGCAAAAUUACAAUGCUUUUAGAAAUGACAGAGGAACAUUAGGCGGUGGUGUGUUUGUCCUCGUCCACCAAGAUCUUAUAUCCGAAGAAAAACCAGAGCUAGUUACAAACUGUGAAAUUGAAUGGACAAAAGUAAAAGUUAAAGGAUCCAAAGACUUAUUAAUUUCAUCCUUCUACAUGCCACAUCGAAGUCUUAUUCAUGUUUCGGAACUGAAAAAAUCUCUAGAACUGACUACAACUGGAAAAGAAAAACAUAUUAUACUUGCAGGAGACUUUAACUGUCCGGAUAUUGACUGGAAAACACUCACCGUACGCAACAAUGCACAAGACCGGGAAGUCCAACAAGCCCUUCUAGAUGUUAUUACAGAGUUUAAUCUCACACAGAUCCACGACCAACCUACUAGAGAGAACAACCUAUUAUAUCUCAUUUUUACGUCAAACCCUUCAAUCAUCAAAUCGACGGCCAACGCUCCAGGAAUCUCCGACCAUGCCAUAGUUGUUGCGGACUCAGAUACUAAACCCAUAUACGUAAAGCAAAAACCAAGGAAAUGCCUUAUCUACUCAAAGGCCAACUGGGAACAGAUAAAAGCAGACUCUAAGAACAUAUCUCAGCGUGUUACCUCACUUGCAACUUCAGACAGUACUACUGACCAACUUUGGAACAUUUUCAAACAUGAACUCAAAAACACAAUCGACAGGAAUAUCCCUACACGUACCAAGAAAUCCAACAACUCAACUCCAUGGCUAACAAUGAAACUUAGAAGGAUGCUCAAAAGAAAGGCAAGAUUAUACAAGAAAGCUCGAGCAACGAACAACUGGUCACUGUAUAAGGACUAUCAGAAACACUGCAAAAGAAAAUUUAGAAAGGCUGAAUGGACUCAUGUGAAUGACAUUAUUAAUGAAGGACUAAAGUCAAACAACACAAAACCUUUCUGGCGUUUCAUAAAGUCAAAAAAAGAAGACAACGUGGGAGUCGCCCCUCUCAAAGACAAAGGACAUUUAACCAGUGAUAGUAAAACAAAGGCAGAACUUUUAGUAAAACAUUUUGAAUCAGUAUUUACCAGUGAACAUGUUGAACAGUUACCAGAAUUUCCAAAUAGAAUAUCUGAAAAUAUUGAACAUCUUGUAAUAUCUCAAGAAGGAGUCAGAAAACUUCUACUGAACUUGGAUACAAUAAAAGCAGGUGGUCCAGACCAGCUUCCUACGAAAGUCCUUCAACAGUGUGCAGUUGAACUAGCUCCAGCUGUGACUUCCAUCUUCCAGUCGUUUAUUGACUCUGGUGAAUUACCUCUAGAUUGGAGAAAUUCAUUUGUUACUCCCGUUUUCAAGAAAGGGGAUCGCCACCUCCCAGAAAACUACCGGCCAGUUUAA